AUGCCAUCGAAAAUCUUCGCUGCAGUAGGUGUGACGCUCGCCCUGCUGCAAGCCUCCGCCGUCCUCGCCCAAACGCCCGCCACUAACACCACCGAGACGGCUCCUAUCGCCAGCAACACCACUACAACCGAAUACUGCCGAGCCUUCGAAGCCGCUGUCAGCAAUUGCAAGCUCAGAUCAACCCUGGCUGCCCGACAGGCCGCCCCAGAAGUGCCGCCACUGGCAGCACUUGCGUUGGUCCCGUUGAUGCCCCGUUCGCCGCGACAAUGUGCAAAGCCUGCGCCGCUACCGCGAUCCCCAUCCCCUUCGUAUCACCCACCACGGGACAGCAGGCGCCAUCGCGGGCGGGCUAGAGCCCUCUUUGGGGCACAGUGCUUGAACGGGUGUACCGCGUUGAACACUACUAACACCGGCACCUUCACUGCGUACGACUCUUACACCGCUGUCUGUGUGUGCGGCGAUGGGCAGGUGCCGACCCUGUCGCUGCCUCUCUACGCCUGGACGACAAGACUUCGGAACGAGACCAUCACGUCUGGUGUAGUUGUCACAAGGCCGAAACGGCCGCCAGGAAGGCCGACAGUGCCGGUCGUACAAACCACUCAGCCCGGUGCUGGAUCCGCCGUUGUCCCGGCUCAGCCUGCCGGCCCUGCCCCCGCGGCCGCAGUCCAACCAAGCGCGGGCGCAAGCGGCAACAGGGCAGCGCAGGGCGUGCUCGCGGCAGCUGCGGCCGCCGGCCUGAGCAUCUUUUUCCCUGUAGUCUAG